AUGAACAGUGGAAGUAUUUUCAAGCCUGAAUCUAUUUUCUAUGGUUUUACAUCGAUUACGAUAAUAUCAUUGUUAUCACUAACUGGCCUUAUAUUUAUACCUCUUAUCAAAGGUAAAUGGCGAAAUAGAUGGAUGCAAGUAUUUAUUGCUUUAGCUGCUUCAUCGAUGAGCUCAGAUGCUUUACUUCAUAUUUUACCACAGGUGGUUGGUGCACAUGAUCAUUCACAUCGUGAUCAUGGUCAUGAGCAUCGUCAUGAUCACAAUAAUUUUGAAACAGGAAACAAUCAUUCGGAUCAUCAUCAUCAUCAUCAUCAUCAUCAUCAUCAGGGUCAAAAGCAAAGUGAAGAUGAAAUAUUUAUCUCCGAUGAUCAUUCAAUGCUACUUAAAAUGACAGCUGUAAUUGGAGCUGUGUACAUUCUAUAUGUAUUGGAAUUCAUUAGUGCUUCACCUAUUUGGAAGAAAAAAAAUCAGACAACAAGAAUUAGAAAGAUCUCUUCGACACCACAAAAUGCUUGGUCUAAUUCUAAAAGUGAAAACGAAACAAGUACUGAUAGUACCAACACUGGUACUCAUGGUACUCAUGGUACCAUUGGUGGUAUUGCUGAUGAACCAGUAGUUAUGUGUGGUCUUAAAAGUGCUGCAUUUGUGAUCAUUUUUGGUGAUGCAAUUCAUAAUUUUAUCGAUGGUAUUGCUGUUGGUGCAAGUUUUGCUAUUUCAAACCAAGUUGGUGUAGCAACAAGUAUCGCUGUUGUAUGUCAUGAAUUACCGCAUGAAUUAGGUGAUUUUGCUGUUUUAAUUGAAUCUGGCCUUUCCAUUCCUCGUGCCAUGUUGCUGAAUUUUCUUUCUUCUCUAACUGCAUUUGCGGGCCUAUUUGUUGGCCUAGCAGCAAUUAGUGUGGACAGUGCUGUAGAGAUAUUGUUGGCCAUUACAGCUGGAAUGUUCCUGUAUGUUGCUUGGCUUGAUAUGUUAAUACAUUUGAAAAAGGAAUCAGCAUCGACAAAUGACAAAUGGUAUGUGACAUUGUUUCUUCAGAAUAUUGGCUUUAUCUCAGGUUUCUUAAUUAUGUUUAUAAUUGGUUGGUAUGAAGAAGUACUUGCAUCACUUUAG